UGUUGCGAUGGUCGUUAAUGUUGUCGGCUUACGACUACGAGCUGGAGUACAGGCCUGCUCAUCAGCUCAGGAACGCGGAUGCACUGAGUCGACUGCCUCUAACUGUGGAAGACAGCUCAACUGACGAGAAACUUUUUGAAGUCCGGAUGCUGGAGACUGCGCCGGAGAUUCCGUGGGAUGCCCAGAAGAUUGCCCGAUGCACCCGGAACGACCCAACCUUGUCCAGAGUUCGACAUUGGACGGGGGUUGGAUGGCCUCAAGGCAGGCUGCCGGACGAGUUCAAGCCAUUUGUUCGACGGCAGCACGAGUUGUCGGAGUAUCGGGGAUGCCUGCUGUGGGGAUGUAGAGUCAUCAUUCCAGAGCAAGCGAGAGACCAGGUUUUGGAGCUGCUGCAUACCACGCAUCCCGGGAUCGUCCGCAUGAAGGCGCUUGCCAGAAGCACAGUUUGGUGGCCGGGUAUCGACCAAGAUAUCGAAAGGAAGGUCCGAACCUGCCUGCCCUGCCAGGAGACAAGGCCGCAACCUGCACGUGCAAGACUGCAUCCGUGGGAAUUUGCCAGAAACCCAUGGUCCCGAAUCCACAUCGAUUUUGCAGGACCCUUCCAAGGAAAGGUUUUUCUUCUGGUGGUGGAUGCGCAUUCGAAAUGGCUGGAAGUCAUCCAGAUAGCAUCCAUGUCGUCAGCAGCAGUGUGUCAAAGGCUGCGAGCGCUGUUCGCAACACACGGUGUUCCCGACACUAUAGUCUCGGACAAUGGGACAGCGUUCGUCUCACAACAAUUUGAAGAAUUUUUGCAGAGAAACCAGAUCCGGCACGUUAAGGUGGCGCCAUAUCAUCCAUCGUCAAAUGGCCAAGUGGAGCGCAUGGUCCAAGAAACUAAAAAAGUCCUCAGGCGCAUGGAAGGAGCCGACAUGGCCACCAAGUUGGCCCGAUUUCUUUUGAGUCAGCAUAUUCUCCCGCACUCAACGACCGGAAAGAGUCCGGCGGAAUUGUUGAUGGGUCGGAGACUCCGUACUGCACUGGACCGGCUUCACCCAGACCUACAAGCAGAGAUGGUGGACAAGCAAGAGGAACAAGCGCUGCGGGGAAGACAAGCUGUACGCGAAUUCGAGCCGCGAGAACCAGUCUUCAUCCGCAAUUAUUUAGCAGGCCCCAAGUGGCUACCCGGUAUCAUCACUGAGAUCACCGGUCCGGUGUCUUACCAGGUUCGCACCAUCGACGGUCGUUUCUGGAAGCGGCACGUGGACCAAAUCCGGAGACGGGAGUGGAGCACAUACCUGGACGAGGAGGAGCCUACGACAGAGCUGUCACCUCAGCAGCUCUCCUUACCAAGCGAGCCAUCGCUUAGGAAUGAAUCGGUGGAAGAGUGCCCACCAUCUACGAGUCAAGCGGACUUCCCUGAGGAGUCAAACCCAGUGGCAACACCUCCAGCUUCCCCACAACGUUCACCUGCUUCACCCUAUGAACGGAGACACCAAACAGUGUUGCCAACUUCAGCGCCUGCGCUAGAACAGUCAAAUCGUCCCCAGCGACAACGGCGACGUCCCGACUACCUAAAUGACUAUGUGACCUAG